UUUCUAGCUUAAAUAUGGUUAACUGCUGAAGACUAGCACACAAACUUACAAAGAAAGGUAUCAAAUUGAAGGGAUAUCUGAGGAAUCUGAACUAUGCUCAUAUCAUAGUAGCAGUAAUGAUCAUGUAUAUUCUAAAACUUGAAAUUGGACUCAUAGAGCUUAUUUCACCAAUAAUUCUGUCAAUAGGUAUCAGCCAGAAUAAUUACUGGAAUAUUUUGAUAUACUUCAUCCUGAAUGUUAUGGGAAUCAUGUAUAAAUCCUAUUACUUAGUAAAAUCAUGAAUCGCAAUUGGAUUUUUAGAAUCUUUUAAUAGAUAUCCACUCAUCAAGACCUUAGAAGUGCUAGUCAUAGUGUUUUAUAUCAUAGCUAACACCUUCGCAUGGAAAGCUUAUGAAGAGUUCAAAGAAUCAGCAGAUCUUUACCCUUAUGAAGAAUCGAGUGAUUCAGAAUCGAACCAAGAACUCCCCUCGUUUAAUGAAAGGCUAGAAAGAGAACUUAUCAGGGAUUAUCGAGCUCCUCCUCCUCUGGCAGGGAACGCUAGAAGGAUUUAAAUUACAUUUCUGUGAAAUUCUGG